CACAUCUUUUACUAGAAGGACUUGAAUACUAAAAAUGCUAUUAAAAAGUCCUGCAUUCAAAAUGUUGCUUAAGUCAGUGUAUAUAAGUAUUAUCAGCAAAAUGUACUUAAAGCAUCAAAAGUAAACAUUGCUGCUGCACAUUAGCCAGCAGAAUCUCUCAUGUCAGCGUUUAUUAUGUUUCUGAAUUUCUCAUGCAUUGACAUGUGAGUAGAAUUUUAAUGUUGCAGCUGGUUGUGAGGAAGUUCAUUCUAAUGACUUUAUAUCUUGUUUGAUAGUUCAACCCAUGCAUCCUGUUUAUAAACUAUUCUAUAAACAGCUGGAGCUAUAUUCCCUACAGACAUUUGGUGGAGUGUAAAGUAGUAGCCUAUAGAAUGCAAAUAUUUAAGUAAAGUUCAAGUACCUCAAAACUGGGCUAGAGUACAAUGCCUAAAUAUAUGUAGUUGGCUACAUUCCACCAUGCAACAACACUUCGAAGGGGGGCGUUCUGCAGAAAGACUGCAUUUACUUUUGAUGCUUUUGAAAAGAGUUGAGUACCUCUUCCACCACUGCAACAACUUUAACAAGCAAAAUCAAAAUGGAAAUAUCCUGGCAGCAGAGCAACACAGCCUGGUAAUGAUUAAAGACAGCUAUAAUGUUGAACUGCUGACAGUGUUAUUCGGUUUACAGGUUGCUUAAAAGACACCCGGUAAAACAGAUUGGCAUAAAGGGAAGAGAAGCUGUUAUUAUAACUUGGAUUUUAAUGUAAUAUUGUUCGUACUCGAGUUAUUGUAAUUUAGGGGUAAUCUAUUUCCUCAGUUGCGACCAUUGUCAUGUCAAUGAGCGUAGGAUGUUCAGCCAAUCAGAAUUGAGAACCGGUGUUAGCAGUUUAGGCGAGGCGAUAAGCCACCGACUAUUUAACUAAGAAAGACAGAAAGGGAAAAGACAGUGGCGGGUUGUUUUACACACUGACGAAUACAGUACGUUCUAGAGAGAAGAAAUUCUCCUUACGGUGGCAUUUCCUCUUUCCUGGAAGUGUGUUUUUCGCGCUGUGCUCAAACUCAAACACAAUCAGCAGAGGGCGACGUGACAACUUCCGUUCCUCUCACGGCGGACCAAUGAGCUUUCAGAACACUGGAGGGGUGGGCGGGACUGGACCAAACGCGAACAUGGCGGCGUCCUUAGAUGAUGAUUUCGAGUCUAAUAAUCAGGACUAUUACUCUCUGCUCAACGUCAGGAAAGAGGCUACAUUGGAGGAGUUAAAGGCAUCGUAUCGGAGGCUGUGUAUGCUCUACCAUCCUGACAAACAUCGAGACCCGGAGCUGAAAAGACAAGCUGAGCAGCUUUUCAACCAGGUGCAUCAGGCGUAUGAAGUCCUGAGUGAUGCUCAUUCCAGAGCCAUUUAUGACAUCUUUGGGAAGAAAGGGCUGGAGGUGGAAGGCUGGGAGGUGGUGGAGAGGAAGAGAACUCCAGCAGAAAUUCGAGAGGAGUAUGAAAGGCUGCAGAGAGAAAGAGAAGAGAGGCGACUGCAGCAAAGAACUAACCCCAAGGGCACCAUCAGUGUUGGUGUGGAUGCAACAGACCUGUUUGACCGGUAUGAUGAGGACUUUGAGGAGAUGCCAGGAGGAGGCUUUCCACAUAUUGAAAUCAACAAGAUGCACAUUUCCCAGUCCAUAGAGGCUCCUUUGACGAACUCUGACACAGCAGUGCUGUCUGGUUCGCUCUCUACACACAAUGGGAAUGGAGGGGGUAACAUUAACAUGACCAUACGAAGGGUUACUUCAGCCAAGGGCUGGGGAGAGGUGGAGUUCGGAGCAGGAGACAUACUGGGACCGCUCAUUGGGUUAAAAGUGUUUCGCAAUGUCACUCCACGUUGUUUCUUGACAGCCCAGUGCGGUUUGCAGUUCUCUCCUCGAGGGUUGCGACCGAGCUGCUCUCUGAUGACAGCACGCCACCUGGACCAGAACACCAUGGGUUACCUUCAGUGGCGCUGGGGGCCCAACAGCGCCAUGACUACCAGCCUGGUCCGAGACACAAAGAGCAGCCACUUCACCCUAGCUCUGCAGCUGGGUGUGCCUCACUCCUACCUGAUGAUGAGCUACCAGUACAAGUUUCAGGAUGAAGACCAGACUAAAGUGAAAGGCUCUGUCAAGACAGGCUGGUUUGGCACCGUAGUGGAAUAUGGAGCAGAGAGGAAGAUCAGCCGACACAGUGUCCUGUCAGCCACUGUCAGCAUCGGCGUCCCGCAGGGAGUCACCCUCAAGAUCAAGUUGGCGCGUGCCAGUCAGACGUACCUGUUUCCGGUCCACCUGACAGAUCAGCUGCUGCCAAGCGCUGUCUUCUACGCCACUGUGGGACCCCUGCUGGUCUACAUGGCCGUCCACAGACUGGUUAUCAUCCCGUAUACACAAGCACAGAAAGAGCAAGAGCUGGAGCUGCAGAGGAAGAGCUCCGCCACAGACAUCGCCAAGAAGAAGCAGGAGGCAGAGUCUGCUGUUCUGCUGAUGCAGGAGUCUGUGAGGAGAAUCAUAGAAGCAGAAGAAUCCAAGAUGGGCCUGAUCAUCCUGAAUGCCUGGUAUGGAAAGUUUGUGUCAGACACCAGCCAGAAGCAGGAGAAAGCAAAGGUCAUUGACGUCACUGUGCCUCUGCAGUGCCUGGUUAAAGACUCCAAACUCAUCCUUACAGAGGCCUCUAAGGCGGGGUUGCCAGGCUUCUAUGACCCUUGCGUAGGAGAGGAGAAGAGUCUUAAAUUACUGUACCAGUUCAGAGGUGUGAUGCACCAAGUCAUCUCUGCUGACACUGAGCCUCUACGGAUACCCAAGCAAUCUCACAGGAUUGAGUCUGAGUCCUAGGAGCUCACCGCUGUUGGAGCACCAGAGAGCCAGUGCAGAUAAAACCAGACUUUGUGUAAACAGAAGAACCCAUGAAAAGAGAGGACACAUCAAAAAUAAGUCAGUCUCUCUCCUCCAGUCCUCCUCUGUCAUGGUAUUAGUCAAUCCGUUUAUCGACUCCCCCCACUCCUCCCUCUCCCCGUGGGGCCAUCUCCCUGGUUCAGCGAAAAACAGGAGUCAGCUCAGAGUUUUCUACAAGGUGUCACCCUUUUGAGUCUCUAGUCGGCCACACCUGGCGGGGAUUCUCACAUAUCUGUCUGCUACAGGAGAUCAGACAUCGACCCUGAACAUAGUUUUACAUAUAUAUGCACUACAAAGAGGGACCUGUAUUCACCGCGGACGUGGUGGCCACUCCCUUUAACGAUGAGCUAAACAAAUGUGGAUAAAUUUAAAAAUGUUUCUUGACAUUUGUUAUGUCAAGCGUAUACAAACAAGCUGUGCUGUAAGUUUAUCCCAUAUUACUGUAGUCUUUGUCCUUUAUGUGUAUGACCACCCCUGUAGUUUUGAAUCUAAUAAUGUUACAUGCAAAUGUUUAGAGUAACACUAUGCAGGAUCAUGUCUCAUGUCUGUGACCCUGAGGCUGGCCAGGACUGAGGAAUGAUUUUGUAACAGAUGUGAACAUGUCUCAUCCUAAUCUAUUUAUUAUGCCUUUCAGUGACAUGUCUGCUGCUCGUUUGGGUGCCAGUCAGCAGGUACAAAUUGGUGCUCAAAACUUAUAUCUGUGAGGGUUCGGACUUGGAAGUAGAGGGAUAGUUUGCACAGGGAGGGAAAGUGAUGAAAGUGAUGCCCUCUGAUGGUAGCGAGACAAGCUUGAAUUCACUAUUCAGAUUUUUUUUUUUUUUUAACAUCUCAGACAAGACUGCAAUUUAAAGGCAGACGUUUGGUUUACGUCACUGUUUAUUGAUUAUAUCUGUGCAGUUGCAGACAAAUCUGAAUUUCUUACUAUGAUUUUUUAAUACAGUGAAGGCUACACUUUGUACGUCACUGGUGUAUAUCUAUUAACAGUGACUACUGGUAUGGAUUUGAAACUUGCUUUUCAAGAAUCUUGUUUUGUGGUUGGGAUGUGACCAGUAGAGGGCGCAGAUCAACACUUUCCCUCUUGUAGGUUGUGUUUGCUGCUUAAGCUGGAGCUGACCUGAGCCACACUAAAACCAUUUCACUGAUUAUGGCACAUUAACAUGAUUACAUUCAUUUGUUUGAAUUUAGUUAAUGUUAAUGUUUACACUAUUUUUGUGCCACUUUUAAUUUUCUAUCAUUCUCCAUCCCUUUUUUAUUUUUUAAAAUUCUCAGCUGAAUUAAUCUUAAAUGCAAUGACACUACUUAAAGUAUUGUAUAAGAUGCUAAAAGCGUAUUUUUCAUCCAUUGUUUUAAUGCCUGUCAUUUAGGUGAUAAUCCACAGUCAGUGACUCACCACUGGUAGCUAUAUUUCUGACUGAUGUGGUGUGGCUGACCUGGGGAAAUCUAAUAUCCUGUGAUGCACUUUCUGUUGAGAUAUAGGUGUUGUAGCACAGAAGUCCUAAAGUUUAAACCUCAUACUGAUGUAUUAUUUGCCAGUAUGUACAGUGGUACUGUAACUGCAGAGGGGAAGGUGAGAGCUAGUCAAGUUAUUCCUCAUUUUCUCUGGGAAGUCUUUAAUGAACUACAGAAACACACUACUGUUGGAUAAAAAUGGUAUUUUUGUGAUUUCAGAGGUAAUAUUUUGCACAAACUGUACAGUAUUUAAAGCAAAUGUUAUCAUGAAAGUGGCACUAAAGCCUCUAAUAGUAGCUCUACACCUUACACUGAACUCCAUAGGGUGCAUCCAAGAAACAGUGACUGCUCCUUGAUAUGGCAUCUUCCCCUGAUUGAAUCUGAUUUUGCCAUCAGUGGUAAGAUGGAGGGAUGUCUGUCUCUGCCCGUCCCUACAGAGAAAUAAUGGUCUUGGCUUGGGGUCACUAUUACUGCAGCCAUUUUGCACUGAUUCUGUUUGUAGUAUUUGUCUCCUCUUGUUAGUCUGUAGCUGUGCUGUAAAUUAUUUUGACAGGUCAGCUGGUCACCUCUGCUCUAGUGCCACCGUGAGGCCAGCAGAAAGUCUGCUCCCUGCUGUUACAUUCCAACCCACCACCCAAACUGACCCACAUUAUGUAAACGUACCGAAUGGUUGAGGAGCCUGUGUUCUCUGUCCUGUAAAGACUACAAUAAAAGUGAACAAAAAAGAUG